AUGCCCGGGCUUGCUGGCGUACCCCUAGAGAUUCUGUCACUGAUUCUGUCGUCCCUGACCAAUCGCGAUCGCAAGUCUCUGCGACUGACAUACAAAGUGUUCCGGGAUAUCAUACCGUUAUGUCUCUCACGGGUAUUCCUCUCUGCCAACCCCCUGGACAUUGGGGUGUUUAACGCCGUGGCGGACCAUCCCAAGUUUCGACAUCAAUAUGCGAUGAUAGAGAAUGGGAUUCAAACACCUACACCCAGAUUGCCUGAGAUUGACCCUGAAAAUCAUCCUCCAUCCUGGUUUCUCAAAGAGUGCGAGGACAACAUCCAAUUCAUCACACACCGGAAGUUCUGGGAUCGGGAUCAUCCUUACCAUGUCGCACGACAGAAACAGGUUGAUGCACAGAUGCCCCCAGAGGAAAGCUGGGAGUACUAUCAAAAGUUGUUGCGGCAGCAGAACGAAGUUUUGGCCUCACGGAGCGACGAGAAGGCUUUUGUCUACGGCAUUGACCGAUUUCCAGCCUUGAAAAGAGUCGUCGUUACGCCCGCAGCACAUGGGUGGCUUUUUUCUCCGCUAUCACUGCCUUACGGGUUCAAUUACCCGAUUCCGCGAGGAUGGCCCACGGUGGGCUUAUGGGAAGUGACCCAGUAUCCCCUCCCCUGGUCAGAGGCACCAGGGGAGUAUAAAGAACAAUGGCACGGAACUCGAAUCGUGCUCCGCAUCUUGGCGCAAUCCAAUCACAAUGUCUCGGAGCUUAGCUUUGACACUGUGUCGCUCAUAACUGGCAUCAAUUUCAUGAUGCUAGAACAACCGUGUGAGGAGUACGAUCAUUUUACGGCGAUAUUGAAGCGGCCUAAAUUCUGUCACUUGGAUCUCCCACUUCAUGUUGGAGGAACUGGAACAUAUCGCUGGGCCAGAGAAAGCAGUGGAAAUCUCCGUCGUGCUCUAGGUGAAGCAAGAGACUUACAACAUGUCAGCUUUUCGACCACACUCGAUCCUGGCCCUAGGGGCCCGCCAAUUCUGUUGACGAGUGUCUUUCCGGUCGAAGAUUGGCCAGCACUUCGUCACUUUAGCCUUUUCCGGUUUGACGCCUCACAAACUGACCUUUUGGGUUUACUAAAACUCCUGCCAAAAACGCUGCAGUCUGUUGAGCUUGGUCUUCUCGACCUGGAAUACGACAGAGGUUGUUGGAACGAUCUCCUGUCGGCUAUUCGCACAGAACUGCCGUGGUCAAAUGAUACCCACAGACCAAGCGUUAGGAUUAUUAUGCAAGGCUACGAGCGGAUGAUUGGGAGGGGAGUAUGGCUAGAACACGAGGUGGAUAAAUUUCUGUAUGACUCAGGAGAGAAUCCAAUGCAGGGGCGGGAUUCAAACAAUCCUCAAUAUGGCAUGGGAGAAGUACGCGACUUGUUCGAGCCCGAAUUUACACGACCUAACCUGAGUGAUCGAGAGCUUGACGAAUUGGGUUUCAUUCAAUGGGGAAGAUCUCAGUGA